AUGAGAUCGGCGCCAGGACCCCAGCCGUCGAAGAGCGAUCCCUGGGAUCUGGCAAGAGGCCAGCGGGGCGCGGGAGUAAGGCGUCAGGAGGAUGCCGAUGAGACGGACUCGCUGAUGUUGGCAAAGGAGGCCGACGGCGAGGAGUUGGCGGAGGAUGAUCCCAUGGACGAGGAAGAAGAUCACUCGCCGGGCGACAUGCGCAAGGCAGGCGAGAGGCGUCGUGGAGAAAAACGUGAAGAACGCGGAGAGGCGACGGGAUUAAAUCGCUCGACAGACGAAGUGUGUGGGAGUGGCGCAAGGCGACGCGGGAGCGCGGAGGCAGAUGGCGCGACCGACGAAAUGGGUGGGGGCGGCGCGAAACGCCAGGGGAACCGCGCGGAUGCAGAUCGCGCGCCAGAGGAGGUGCGCGGGAAGGAAGCGAGGUGCCAGGGGAAUCGCGCGGAGGCAGAUCGCGCGCCAGAGGAGGUGCGCGGGAGUCAAGCGAGGCGCCAGGGGAAUCGCGCGGAGGCAGAUCGCGCGCCAGAGGAGGUGCGCGGGAGUCAAGCGAGGCGCCAGGGGAAUCGCGCGGAGGCAGAUCGCGCGCCAGAGGAGGUGCGCGGGAGUCAAGCGAGGCGCCAGGGGAAUCGCGCGGAGGCAGAUCGCGCGCCAGAGGAGGUGCGCGGGAGUCAAGCGAGGCGCCAGGGGAAUCGCGCGGAGGCAGAUCGCGCGCCAGAGGAGGUGCGCGGGAGUCAAGCGAGGCGCCAGGGGAAUCGCGCGGAGGCAGAUCGCGCGCCAGAGGAGGUGCGCGGGAGUCAAGCGAGGCGCCAGGGGAAUCGCGCGGAGGCAGAUCGCGCGCCAGAGGAGGUGCGCGGGAGUCAAGCGAGGCGCCAGGGGAAUCGCGCGGAGGCAGAUCGCGCGCCAGAGGAGGUGCGCGGGAGUCAAGCGAGGCGCCAGGGGAAUCGCGCGGAGGCAGAUCACGCGCCAGAGGAGGUGCGCGGGAGUCAAGCGAGGCGCCAGGGGAAUCGCGCGGAGGCAGAUCGCGCGCCAGAGGAGGUGCGCGGGAAGGAAGCGAGGCGCGAGGGGAAUCGCGCGGAGGCAGAACGCGCGCCAGAGGAGGUGCACGGGAGUGAAGCGAGGCGCAGCAGGAGCAAAGCAGCUGAGCCCUGGUCAAGGGAGCGAGGGGAGGAGGAGAAGAGGCGUGCUGCACCAGCAGGAGUGUAUCGUUCGCCCGAGCCAGGACAAGGCCGUGCGGGCAGGAGGCGUAUGGCGAUGGGAGAAGGGAGAUCGCUGGAAUGGUCAGAAGAGGAGGAGGACGAGGAUUACGAAGGAAAGCGCGUUCAGCACUCGCCAGCAAGGAGGCGGCGGCCAGCGGAGAAGGCGCGAGGCAGGGGUAGCAUACGAUCGCCACCCAGCGCCUCAAGGGAACAGGCGGGAGCGCGCCGUGAGAAAGCAGAAGAACACCUGUGGGCAGAGAGAAGGGCUACAAAGGAAACAAGCGAAGAAGCAAGAAGGUGGCCCGAGAGAGAGAGCCGUGAGAGGAGGGGCGAAGGAGAGCGAUACCAAGGGGGUGAAGAGGCAGGAAGAAAAGGGGAAACGGGGAAACGGGAUCAGGAACGCCGAGGCUGGGAAGAGUGUGGAGAUUAUGAGGAAAGAGACAGGUGGGACUCACCGGAAAGAGGAAGGGAGUGGAGGCGCGAGGAGGACUGGCGAGGCAAGAGAGAAGGUGUGCGGACACCAGAAGUCUCGAGGGCAGCAGAGAAGGAGCGACAGCGAGAGGACAGAGUGCGGCAGUACCAGGAGCGGUCCCCUGCAAGGGGAGAGAAGCGUCGGGAAGAUGCAGAGAGGCGCUGGGAGGAGCGAGAAGAUGCGCGAGGGAGGAGCCCUAGCCCGAUGGGCCCGAGGAGGCCGGGGCGUCACGGCAUAGGAUCUGCUGGAGCAAGAGCAGCUAGGGAGGGAAUAGAGCGAGUGCUGGACAGAGGAAAGGAGCGAGCCACGAAGGUAAGGGCAUGGGCAGUGGCAGAAGGGGAACAGAAGGACGAGAAAGAGGAGGCGGAAGUGUGUGAAUUAGUAGCAGCAGACACUGAAGGUAAGGAUGAGAAGGUGAGGGCAUGGGCAGCAGCAGAAGGGGAAGAGAAGGACGAGAAGGUGAGGGCAUGGGCAGUGGCAGAAGGGGAAGAGAAGGGCGAGGAGAAGGAGGCAGGAGUGUGCGAAUUAGUAGCAGCAGACACUGAAGGGAAGGAUGAGAAGGUGAGGAAAUGGGCAGCAACAGAAGGGGAAGGGAAAAAUGAGAGAGAGGGGAGCUGGGCGUGCGUACCAGUAGCAGCGGAAGCAGAGGAGAAGGACGAGCAGGUGGGGGCAGGAGUGGGUGUAAUGGCAGCAGUAGAAGUAGAGGAGAGGGACGAAGAGGCAGGGGCAAGGGCGUCUGUACCAGCAGCAGAAGAAGCGGAAGGGAAGGGCGAGAAGGAGGGAGCGGUGAAGGAAGGAGGGAAGACGGGGCUGAGCAGUACAGACAUGGGAGGGAAUGGUUGGCAGCCCUCGCUGAGGACAGCAGAGUUGUUCGGGGAAAUCGGGGCAGGGGCGAAGACUGGUGUGACGAUGAAGGAUUGGAUGCAAGCGCAGGGAAACAAGCUGGCGGAGCGGCAUGUGAGGAAGCUGCGGGGAGGAAGGCCAGAGCUGCUGGGGGAAGCAGAGUGGGAGAGUAAGGAAGUGGGGGCAUGGGAGCCCCUAGCAACAGGGGAAAAGGUAGUGGCUGAGAACGCAGAAGGGAACAGGGUAACAGGAGUGGGGACAGCACAAGGUGGGGAAAGGCCAGAAUAA